AUGGACGACCCGGCCGCGCAUGACGACAGCCUUCAGUGCGAGCCAUCUGAUGAAGGCUUCGUCGACGUCGAAUUGUCUACACCACGGGAUCCUUCAGAAGAUUCAACCCCUAUUGUGGAUGAUCUCCAGAACUACACCAAGCGUGAGCUUCGACCUCCGAGGAGAGGACUUCAACCCACGACGUGGCUCGACAACGACGACACUGGGAACUAUGAUCCUGCUGAGGAGCGAAUGAAGAGACGGUUCCGCCCCAGGCCACAGCAGAGGACCAGAGCUCCUGGCGAUCAGACCCGGGAAAGGAUUCCCAUCGAGAAGCCGAAGUUGGACGUGUCCGUGACAUUCACAAGCGAAGAAGCAAAGAAAAGCUUCAACGAGAUCAUCUCUCAAAUCCAAGAAUUGGAUGUUGCCGAUCAAGAAGGGUACAAGUUGCGCACACGUGCUCAAGACGAGGAAAUCAGUAGCCCGACCACUGAGAUCGACCUCACUGCGAAGCCUUUUGCUCGUGGUUGCUGGGGAUGUGCGGCCUUGGCUGGAGAUGGCCAGUCGCAAUGCUCUCUCCUCGUUGACGAACGUUACUGGCCCUGCCUCACGUGCGAAGAAGACGACUGUGACUGCGAGCUGAUUGCACCGCCGGUCCGAAAGCGUCAGUGCGAGCUAUGCAAGCGGCGCAAGGUCCCUUGCUCAUACACCUACACCAGAAACCAUGGUGCUACCUGCUCUCAGUGCGAGUCAGUCUCACAGCCGUGCAUUGCUGGUCCCGUGACACAGUUCACAAAGCAGCGGAUCAGACUGGAUCGGGAUUGGGAGAAGGAUCCAUUGCCAACAAAGAAGAAAGGGAAGUUUCGAGCAAACGAGGAGUGCUGGGAGUGCUCACAGGCGGGCACUUCAUGCAGCUAUGGGUCUGACGAUGACGGUACUCCUUGCGAGGCAUGCAAGCAGAAUGGUAACCCCUGCACGAUUGGCAAAGGUCCACCGCCACAACCGACCAAGAGUAAGAAACGAAAGAGGGUUACGGAACAGGAAAGUGAUCCCGCCAAUGCUGAGACGGAUACACCUACGACAGAAAGCCAGGACAGCAAGGCCGAGGAGAAGAAAGAAGAGACUGUCAAAGGCGACAGAAGGGAUUCGGCCGCAGAGCUUCCCACGACCCUCAGGAUGCCAAACACCUGCAACCCACAUGCAAUCGCGGCAGCGAGGAAGAGGGAGCAAGGCAUCGAAACUCCUUCGACAUCAUCAGGAGUCAACUCGACAUAUCCCCGACCACCCCAACACCCCCGACCACCACAGCCCCCGAUCUCAGCACCUCCCCGCGUUCCUCAGCACCCACGAGGCCGCCCAAUCUUCCGAAAGAUAGCGACCAGCUUCUGCCAUCCCAUCCACUUCAACUGUGACAAGUCUCCAGAGAGAGACGGCAACGGCAACACCACCUCCACCAACCCCUCCAAACCCUGCUCCUUCUGCACAGCGCCUCUUACAGCCUUCCACGGCCUCGGCCACAAGCCAAACGUCGAAAUAAUCGACUACCAAAACAACGAGCCCUACACCGAAACCCGCAACGGCCACAAAGCCCUCGGACGCGAAAGCACCCGCCUCUGCGCACAGUGCACCACCGACCGCCUGAACAUCCUCUUCUGCGACCACCACCGCAUGCGGCCCAUCCCGGGAACAGACUACACGGACGAGGAACUCGACGACGCCAUGGACGACAUCUUCGAGGGGAUCGAACCCAAGGACAUCAAAGCGUACUGCAACCUCUGCGGCCACCUGGCCCAGUACAGGUGUCGGAAUAAAAGGGAGCCUUGUGGCUUGGCGCUCUGCGAGGGGUGUGCGGUGACGUUGGUGGAGAAUCACGGGUCGGAUUUGCAGCAUAUGCUGAGCCAUUCGAUGCAUGAGCCGACCGCGUCGGCGCCUUUGGGGUUGAGGGCUGAUGCGGAGCUGCUGGAUGAGGAACGGGGGGCUUUGGCGAGGUUUUUCAAGUUUUACAUGUCUUUGCGGAACUGA